AUGAGUGCCGCUGACAGGGGAGCUGCGCCCGCGUCGGAGGCGAAGACGGGAACUCGAAUGGUGAUACGCGACAUUGAAGUGGAGAACUUCAAGUCCUACGCCGGCAAGCACCGCAUUGGGCCGUUUCACAAAACCUUCACGGCGGUCAUUGGCCCGAAUGGCUCGGGCAAGUCAAACGUGAUUGAUGCCAUGCUCUUUGUCUUUGGCAAGAACGCCAAGAAGAUCCGCCUGGAGAAGCUCUCGGAGCUCAUCCACAGCUCCGCCGCCCACCCCAGUCUGGCGUACGCGUCCGUGACGGUGCACUUUGUGCGCCUUGCCGAGGCGCCGGAGAACCAGGGCGACCCGGACCACCGCCAGGAGGUGCUGGGAAGCCUCCUCUCCAUCAAGCGUGAGGUGUACAAGAGCGGCUCCUCGCAGUACUUCAUCGAUCGCGCAAAGACGACGCAGCGGGAGGUGGUGGAGAGGCUCAUCGCGGAGGGCGUCGACCUGGAGCACAACCGCUUCCUCAUCCUGCAGGGCGAGGUGGAGCAGAUCGCCCUCAUGAAGCCAAAGGCAGAGCGCGAGGGCGAAGAGGGUCUACUGGAGUACCUUGACGACCUCAUCGGCACGAACAGCUUCUCGGCGCGCAUCUCGCAGGCGUCCAAGGCCGCCGAGGCGGCGCAGCUCUCUCGCCUGGAGGCGCUCGAUCGCGAGCGCAAGCUGCGGGCGGAGCGGGAGGCGCUAGACGACGCCAAGGACUCCGCCGUUGCCUUCGUCACCAAGGACAACCACCUGCAGAAGACGCUGAUUGUCAUGUGUCAGCUGCGCAUGCAGACGCUGGAGGAAAAACUCGCCGAGCCCCGGCGGCUUCUCACGGAGCUCGACGAACGCAUCACGUGCAUGAAGGCGGGUGUCGAGGCACGCUCGCAGGAGAGGACGAGGCUGGAUGAAGAUCUCUUGCGGCGAAAAAAAGAGCUUGCAGAGGCCACAAAGGAGCGGGAUGCGGUGCGAGCAAAGAAGGAGGCGGCCGAUGCCGAAGUGGAGCGCAUCAAGUCCGGUGCCGAUGAGCAGACGAAGGCGCGGAAGAAGGCCCAGGAUCACAUGAAGCGAGCCAAGGAGGAGAUGCAGAAGGCUGAAUUGCAGCAGCAAGACGCGGACCGAGAGUUAGUCAUUCAUCAGCAAAACUUUGAAGAGUCUACGCAGCGUGUGGAGAAAUUGCAGAAGGAGUACGAAAGCACAACCGAGGAGCUUGCCCCGGUCUUUAUGCCCCUUCGCCAAGAACUUGAAAAGCGAAAGGCGGCCUUUGCCCCCUACGAGAGAGCCGUCGUGGAAGCCACAGAACAGCUGAAUACUGCGCGCAGUCGGCUAACAUCACUUGACAAUGGAGGGUUAAUGUUGCGAGAGCAGCUGGCAAAGGUUGAGGCUGCCACGGAACGCAAUAGAUGUCGUGCUACGGAUGUGGAAAAACUUUUGCACGAUGCCAGCAAGGAUCGCUACAAGGAGGAGUUGCAGCGUCUGCAGGAGAUGUUAGCUGGUGCAGCUGAGCGAAAGCACAGUGUCAAUAGUGCCAUACAGGAGAUUAAGAACACGUACCGUGAAGGUGAGGCGGAUGAUCGUGCGAUGGAGUUUCUUCUUGCACAGCGUUCUCUUAAAGGGUACUAUGGCACUUUGCGUCAGCUCGGUCGCAUUGCCGAUGAGUACGACAUCGCCGCUGGUGUGGCGAGUAACGCAUGGGGGUUUCACGUUGUUGAGGACCGGGAGACAGCCACGGCGGCGUUAGAGCUUCUACGUAAGAAUAACAUUGGUCGCGCCACCAUGAUGGUGUUGAAGGAGAUCGAACGCGAAGUCGGGGGUCGCAUGAAUGCCCCUUUCACGUCCCCAAGCCCAAAGGCCACGCGUCUGUUUGAGCACAUUGUGCCAACAAAUGCGCGCUUCCGUGUUGCUUUCUACCAGGCCGUGCGAGACACGCUUCUGGUGCGGGACAUUGGCGAGGCGCGGGAGGUGGCGUUCGGCGGCCCACAGCGUUUUCGUGUAGUGACGGUGCGUGGCGAGUUGGCGGAGCCGGGGGGCUCCAUCACUGGCGGUGGGAACAUGCCGCGUGGGGCGAAGUUGAAGGCGGCCCGCUCCCCGCAGGACAAGGAGGCUGCCAAGGUGGCCCUGCAACGCCUCCAGGCUGAGCUGGUGGAGGCGGUGGAGGAGGAGCGCGUGGCGCAGGAGCAGCUGCACAAGCUGCGGCAGGGCCAGUCGCACCUCACCCCGGAGCAAAUCUCAAAGCUGCGCGUUGAGCUAGGAACGCUGCGGGCGACGUUGGAGUGCGAUGCCAAGAAGCGUACUGCCCUGCUGCAGGAGAUGCAGGAGAACACCGCCGGAAGUCAGAGCAGACGGGAAACCAUUCUCGAGGAGAUGGACGAGGCAGAGAAGAGCCUACAGGCCGCACAGAAGGCACGGCUCAGGCACCAGAGCGAGCUGGAGCAGAUUGAGCAGGAGGUUGACAAUGUCGGCGGCGCCGGCUACAAGGCGCUCUGCGCGGAGCUAAAGGUGCAGCAAGAGCGUGUGGAGGCCGAGGAAAAUGCCAUUCGGCAAUGCCGUCGUUUGUCUCAGCGUCUUCGUGCAACUCAGCAACGUAAACAGAGCGACAUUGCUGAAUUAGAGGAGGAGCUAAGGCGGAUUAACGAGGAAGCGGCGCAAGGAGCCUCAGGGGCGCUUGCUGCUGCCAUUGCGGCAUCUGAGGAGUGGAGCAAGCGCUACAACGGCGCGGACGCAAAGUUCGCGAAGGCGCAGUCUGAGGUGGAGGUGGUGAAGGCGGCUCUGCCGGUCGCCCACAAGGCCCUCAUUGAGGCGCAGAAGCUGCUCGAUGACGAGGAGCGGUUUCGCCAGGUGGAGACGGCGAAGAUGGCAGAUGCGCUGCAGGAGCUGGCGAAGUUUGAGCAGAAGAUUGACGGUUGUGAGGAAAAAAUACGGGAAAACGCAGAGCUGUACGGCAGAGAGACACUACAGCUGAACUUACCUGCAGAGGAGGAGCGGAAUGAGCAGGCGAAUGAGGGCGGCGGCGGAGCAGCAGAGGAACAAGAAGAAGCGGAGGAGGAUGAGGUGGAGGAGGAGGAGGUGCGGCGUCCGUCCGGUAAAGAACCGUCGAGUACGAUAGAGCUACGCGCCAUGUCCUUUCGACUGUCACCGGAGGAGCUGGCGCGAUGCGACUACGAGCACUCGGUGCGCCUUGCGAAGUCGCUCAGUGAGGAGACGAAGCGCUUGCACAGUGAGAUCGACUUUCGCGCCGUUGCGCUCUGGCGCGAGCGCGACGCGGAGCACCGCAAGGGGAAGGCGUACUACCUUGGCUGCAAGGAGGCGUCCGACGCGGCUGAGCGCGGGCUGCAGGAGCUGAAGGAGGAACGCCGGGGUCGCUUUAUGGAGUGCUUCGUGCGCGUCCAGGAGCGGCUGCGGGAGGUGUACCAGCUGCUGACUCACGGCGGAGAUGCCGACUUGGAGCUUGUCGAUGCGAAUGACCCGUUUGAGGGCGUCCACUUCGUCGUGCGGCCGCCUAAGAAGUCGUGGAAGCAGAUCUCCAACCUGUCCGGGGGAGAGAAGACACUCUCGAGCCUUGCCCUCAUCUUUGCUCUGCACGACAUUAAGCCCACGCCGAUUUACGUCAUGGAUGAGAUUGACGCCGCGCUAGACUUUCGCAACGUCUCCAUCGUUGCAAAUUAUUUGCUGCGCCAAGCGAAUGGUGCGCAGUUCAUCAUCAUUUCCCUGCGCAACAACAUGUUUGAAAUGGCCCACCAGCUUGUCGGAGUGUGCAAGGUGAAGGACGUGACCCGGACGUUGGUGUUGAUGCCGCGGGGCUUUCAGCGGACUGUGGAGGCAGAACUGCUGCGGCAGCAGCGCAAGCGGACGGCGAGUGACAUGGACGGUGCGCCCAACGGCGGCAGGGGGAGAAGCAGCAGCAGCAGCGAGGAAGCCGAGGUGGAGAAACUCACUGGCGAAAGGGAGAAUCCUGCCGCUGCGGCAACUGCCGCGAGGCUAGCAGAGGGAAACCGCCGUCAAUGA